AUGAAGGAAAAAAAUGCAAGUUCUGGUUACUUUGUUCUACUGGGUUUUUCUAACUGGCCUCAUCUUGAGUUAGUUCUCUUUGUGGUUAUCUUGAUGUUCUACCUGAUGACACUGAUAGGUAACCUGUUCAUCAUUUUCUUGUCAUAUCUGGAUUCCCAUCUCCACACUCCUAUGUACUUCUUCCUCUCAAACCUCUCUUUUCUGGAUCUCUGCUACACCACGAGUUCCAUCCCCCAGUUGCUGAUCAACCUCUGGGGGCCAGAGAAAACCAUCUCUUAUGCUGGUUGCAUGAUCCAACUUUAUUUUGUCCUUGCACUGGGAACUGCUGAAUGUGUGCUGUUGGUGGUGAUGUCCUAUGACCGUUAUGCAGCUGUGUGUAGACCUCUGCAUUACACUGUCCUCAUGCACCCUCGUUUCUGCCAUCUAUUGGCUGUGGCUUCUUGGGUAAGUGGCUUUACCACCUCAGCACUUCAUUCCUCAUUUACAUUCUGGGUACCCCUGUGUGGUCAUCACCAAGUGGACCAUUUCUUCUGUGAAGUUCCAGCAUUGCUUCGACUGUCAUGUGUUGAUACUCAUGCUAAUGAGCUGACCCUCAUGGUCAUGAGCUCCAUUUUUGUGAUCAUACCACUUAUCCUCAUUCUCAGCUCCUAUGGUGCCAUUGCUCAGACUGCGCUGAGGAUGCAGUCAACAACUGGACUUCAGAAAGUCUUUGGGACAUGCGGAGCCCAUCUUAUGGUUGUAUCCCUCUUUUUCAUUCCAAUCAUGUGCAUAUAUCUACAGCCACCAUCAGGAAAUUCUCAAGAUCAAGGCAAGUUCAUCGCCCUUUUUUAUACUGUUGUCACACCUAGCCUUAACCCUCUAAUCUACACCCUCAGAAACAAAGAUGUAAAAGGGGCAGUUAAAAGAUUAAUGCGCUGGGACAGGGAGAUGUGAGAGAUCACCUGUCCAGCAACUUUUGUUCAGAGAGUCUUAUGUAUCUCAGAGGUUUCCUCUGCUCCUUUGAGACGUGAUGGUAUUUUUGGUCUACAACCCACCAAGCAUAGAAGAAAAGUUCUGCCCCCAAAUUUGUUGCUCUUUUUAUUUGUUCAUUCUAAAAUAUUUUCUAAAGAUAACCUUUUUGAUUUGUACAACUUUAAUCUUUAAUUAUUCUAUAUUUAGUGUUCCCAGAAAUUAAGGGCCUGGUUUUAAA